AUUUAAGGCUUUCCUUAGUUGAGAAUAACUUUUUUUUUAAUGGUGUGCAGGUGCAUCUUUGGUGUGGACAGUCAAGAGGGGGAGGCUAACCACAUUUUUUGCUAGCAUCUUCCCCAUCUGCCAGUGCUGUUCUUUUAAAGAAUGUUUCAGCAAACAGACGCAAUGACUUCACCAACAGAGAAAAUCGUGCUGAAAAGCACCUCAACAGUUUCCCUCAACGAUCGGAGUCUGCUGAUGGGAGGACGGCUCAUAACAAUGACUGGAACGGAGCGAAUGGCAUCAAAUGCCUUGAAACCAGGUGUUUGCUGUAUUUAGUAACAUUUCACUAAUGUCACUCCAGUCAUUACCAUAAGCCCGCUCUCCCCAAUUACACCGCCACCAGCCUCCUGUGGUUCUUAAACCCUCCCAUCUCCUAUCCUAUAUCACCAUAUUCAACUGAGGGCCAAGUGUCUGCAGGUUCACUCCCAUGUACUUGAUCAAGUAAAGUCACUGAUCAUUUAGAAACUCUCCUCACCUGGUUGUCUAGGUCUUAAUUGGACAUAUUCCAAAGGUAAGGUACAAACCAGCUGACACUCGGCCCUCCAUGGAAUGAGUUUGACACCCCUGCCCCAUUCUGUCCUCCUUUAUCCCUCAACCCCUGCUCCUCCAAGCUUCACCACCAUGCUGAACAACAAGCAGCUGGAGCCAGUGGCUGUACGAGUCAACAUGCAGCAGCAGCAAGUGGCCAGUGUCCGCAACAGGAGACUGGCUCUGCAGAUGGAGAACAGGACCUCUGUGCAGGCUGCCCUGCAGCCCAAGAGCCUGAAGCAGCGCCUGGAGAAGGGCGAUGUCCUGGCAAGGCUAGGUCGGCCCAUGGGGACCCUGAUGCGGGGGGCCACCAGAAGCCAAGGGUUUGCUGUAAGGGGACUGCGAGGAAUGCAUCGCGGAGGUUUCGGAGUGUGUGGAAACAACAGAAGGGGCUUUUUUAGAGGUGUGAAUCCGAUGCGUGCCCAGGGAGGGGUGACUAAGCUUAGGUUUCGUCAGGGCUUGAGGUUGCAAGGUGGCCAGCUGAACGAUGCUGGAGUGCUGGUUAGCUGCGGAGCCAGGAAUGAACUGGGCCUGAGAGGAAGAGGCAGAGGAGCGGGUCUGGGCCUGCGGGGCCGGGGAUGGUUCCGAGACAUGGGCAAACCUGAAAAAAUCCCCACCAAAGAGGAGCUGGACAACCAACUAGACAACUACAUGUCAAUGACCAAGAGCCACCUAGACGCAGAGCUGGAUUCCUACAUGGCCAUGGCAGGCUCCGACUACAUGGAGUAGAACCCUGCUGGAAGACGGGUAGGCAGCAUCAACAAAUGCACUGAGGCUGUCCAGGGGUGAUUCAUUAGUAGAACUACCCCUCACUGGAAACAGAUGAAUGUGACAACCAGGGUCUCUGGCGUACUCAGAUCUAUUGUUAGAAGCACUAUUUGUGAACAAAUAUGUGGUGGUACACACACAAGCCCAGAAGCCUGUGUUAUGUGGCUGAAUUGGAGCUUUCUAGAGUCAUACUUGAACUGUUAUGUUCUUUUCAUCAUUUAUUCAUUUAUAAGCUUAGCUCAGUGCUGAGCAGGGUGGGCUAAAACCUUGCCUAAGAAAGAAGUAUGAAGGUCUGCAGGACUUGUCUAAGAAAAUAAUUACUUGUUCAGUAAAAUCACAAGCCAACCAAUUCUCUUUGCUCAGGUACAUUGUGGGUUUGUCCAAGACAUUUCACACUAUAGAUGUCAUGUGUUUGCUACAAUGUUAUGUUACUUUCAAAACUGAGUUAAUUUUUAUUUAUUUUGUGUCAUUUAUUUGUGACAGACUGUAUUGUAUGUACCUCAGCUAGCCAGGUUUGGCUGCAUUGUGGAUUUAUAUAGAAAUGUUGAUUUUAGUUUUGCUGAGAGAAAUUGCCACCAUUUGUAGUAAGAGGACUAGUUAUCCAACCAGUUCCUGUCAGAGCAUGUUUUUUUGAGAAUGAAUGGCCCAACUGUUACAAAUAUUCUUAAGCGUUUUGAUAUGCUCAACAUUGUUUUAAUAAAAAUAUUUAAAGCUGUUGCUACCCAAUGAUAUAAACAUUAUCAUGACAUGUCUAGAAACAUGGCGGCAGUUCAUUAUUGACCUUCAGUAUAAAUGUAAUUGUCACUCACAGCAUAGAUAUGAGCCAGAAAGUUACCUACGAAUUUAAAUGCCUUGUCACCGCUAGGGCUGGGGAGAGCACUUCAAGCAUGUUACUCAGGUCAGGUGACAUGGGGAGGAACUUCGAGGAUUCAAGAUGGCUACAAUUCUGCCAAGACAAAACAUUUUCUAAUGGAAUAACUAACAUUUAAAGAUGCUUACAGUGACACUUGAGUAUUCCGUAGUGGGUUAGCUGCUGUAAAUAUACUUCUGGAACUCAACCGAUAACUAACCUUAGCUAAUAUGUAGCUAGCUAGAAGCCAAACGUUACAGAAGCUACGUUAUUUAGCCGUCUCAUUAGAAGUUACUGACAGUCUAGAGUUCGUGCCCCCCUUACCAGCACAAUGAGCGAUUCCCGAAUGUUCUCGAUCUUAACACUGUUCCUGGUAGUACCUGCGUCAAUUAGUGUCCAUGGUGCCAUUUCAGGAGAGGAGUACUCUACUACAGCGAUAAGCACAACAUCCCUUCAUUGCUGGCAAGAGGAUGAGUUUUCGAUUUUGACAGAGUGUGCAAGGUGCAACCCCUUUCAGAUGAAAUCAUGGGCACCUUGCGCCCGAACUGGAUUCAUAGAAAAGAUCAACUGUGCAAAAACCAACCAAGUUGAAUACAAGAGCUGCCGUUCCUCUUGGAUUGAUGAGCGCCUAUUCUGGAGGUUUGAGGGGAUCAUGAUGUGCCUGAUGGUAGUCUUGGUCCUGGUGGUUAUAGCUCGUCAGAGAACCCUGGACCACCUGGCUUCUGAAAAGGUCCGCAGGCAGAUCCUGUCCAUAUAGAGACUGGGUGCUGUUGUCCGGCGCUUGACCAAUCAAAUGUUUGAAGGACUUGAAUGGCAGAACUUGCACAUUGGUAUCUCUUUUGGGAUCACUAUUUCCAUUUUGAUCCCAUGUUUUGUUGUGGCCUUAUUUGUGAAAUGUCUAUGUGUAAGUAUGACCCAUACACUGCACAAUAGUUAUUGGUUUGAACUAAUCUUACAAUAUGUUCCAAGUCAUUACUGUAGUAUAGUUAAUAAUAUUGCAGCACAGCAUGUCUUUAUGUUGUUGUCAUAGUUGAUAUAUUUUCUGUGUCUGUGAUUAGAGUAUAGUCCUGCCUAACUAUUCCAUGUGUCCGUUUUGGGGAUUUGAACAUGUCAACUUGGUCUCACUUCCUGACAUUGUCUCACAUUGUCUGCAUUGUCACCAUAAUAACGGAGUUGGUCCAGCCAGAGAGACGAAUACUACAAAUAUCUAGGCCUAUGUGUUAUUUUUGAAUAUGUACCCUAUUUUCCUUUAAAGAUUGAUUUCUGAAAAAUGGGUAUUACCAGCUACAUUUAAUGCGCUACGAUAUAUUAUAUUUUUUGUUCUGUGAUCAAUGUAUUUACCAAUGAUUGGCCAAUCACGUUUGUGUGAAAUUCAGGUCUGUCUAAACUAUACAUAUCUAUUUAUUUAUGGUGUUGUUUGACAAGCGUUUCCUUUUGGUUACACACUAGCUUAAUAAAGAGCAGUGACACUAUCAAGA